GCGCGGCCGAGCUUUCAGUCGGACGCACGCUCGCGUCGGGGGUACUUGUGCGCAUCGAGGGUACGCGCGAACGAGAGAAAGAGAGAACACGAGCAGGAGAAAGAGAGAGGUACACGCACGUCCACCCGCACGUAAAGCGCGGCACGGGGAUCGGCAACCUCGAAAGGUGGAGUAGCGUCUCGGGCGGCAAAAUGGCGGUCGUGAUAAGAAACAAAUGAUUCGGGAUUGGCGAACAGCGAUAAACUGAGAGUCGCGCGAAAUCCAUCAGGGGUGGUUUCGACGGCGGUGGUUCUUCUCCUCCGAGGGGCGGCGAGCGAAAUUAUACGUGCGUAUUGUUCCUCCCGGGCCGGUGAUCGGGUCGCGAGAUAGAGAGACGCGUCGCGAGCGCGACGCGCUCCCCGCCCCUUCCCGGUGCGAGGAGGAGAACACCUACCUCCCGGAUUCGGAAUCACGAGGGUUGGCCAUGAGGGAUUCGGCCGCGGGACACACGCUGGUCGCGUGCGGGCGCGCUGACGUGUGAGCUGUGUGAUUCGAUUAUCGAUCACGGGAUCCAAGGCGAGUCGGGGGAGGAGGGUGCGCGACGUACUCGAGGAUGCUGCUCGCGGAAAGAGCGACGUGGUGGAAUUCGGCCGCGGGACAAUCCGGAGCGGCAAACGGUUUCGAUGCCGAUUCGAUAGAUUGAUGGACCUGAUGCCGACGGAAAGGACGACCGCGUCGCAACCAUGCAUCUGCACUUCGAGAAGAAUAACAACGCCAAGUGCGACUGCAAUAUCUUGUCGCUCAGCUGGAUGGGCAAAGUGCCGGACGAGUCGCCGGAGGAUGAAGGAUGGAAGCUCUAUCGUACAAAUUACUACCAAGAAGGAUGGCUGGCUACCGGCAACGCUCGCGGCUUGGUAGGGGUGACUUUUACUACAUCGCAUUGUCGUACCAGAACCGCGGAACUUCCACUCAGGGCAAAUUACAAUCUCCGAGGGCAUCGUAGCGAAGUGAUACUCGUUAAAUGGAACGAACCCUAUCAAAAACUAGCCUCGUGCGACAGUUCGGGUGUAAUCUUCGUUUGGAUCAAAUACGACGGACGAUGGAGUAUAGAAUUGAUCAACGACAGAAGCACACCUGUUACGCAUUUUUCUUGGUCCCACGAUGGUCGCAUGGCUCUUAUAUGUUACAGAGAUGGUUUCGUACUGGUCGGGAGUGUCGCUGGUCAAAGGUAUUGGUCGUCGAUGCUCAACGACAAGGCGACGAUAACCUGCGGCAUUUGGACUCCGGACGAUCAGCAGGUCUACUUCGGGACGACGGCGGGCCAAUUAAUCGUGAUGGACGUUCACGGGGCUAUGGUGUCGGAGGUACAACUGGCUGCCGGUGUCACCUCGAUGGCGUGGAGCGCCAAGAAGUUCACUAUGGAGGAGGACGAGACGUGUGAUCGAAGUCAGAAAGAUGACCGGAAUUACGUCCUAGCCGUUUGCCUUGCCGAUGGCAACAUCGUCAUGUUGCGAUCGUUCGACGACGUGUCACCCAUCACGAUACGCAGCAAUCUGAAGCCGCCUUUGCACGCCGAAUGGAGCAACUCCAGGAAACUGCUCGCUAUCGCGGGCACGAAGGAGUCCGAACACCUUCACUCGGGAAGUCCGCAAGAGUACACGAAUCUGCUCAAGUUCUACUCGGUCAACGGUACUCUCGUCUACACGACUGAGAUUCCGUACACGCAAUGCCCUGUAUCGGCAUUGACCUGGGGACACAACGAUAGGCGACUCUUCGUAGCCACCGGAGCGCGCGUCCACGCCGCUUGGGUCUCCAGGAGAGUAGGCUCGCUACAAUUGUUGUCGAGGCUAGCGGUGAGAGCGGCUCUCACGAGGGAAUCCAAUGUUCAACAACUCCCAUUACCACCACGAUUGAGAGCUUCAGUAGCCGCCCUGUUCGCCAACACGAUUCGAUGUCUAGUGCCGGAACCGAAGGAACUGCGACGCUUCGUGUCAAGGCCACCACCCGGAGGUAGCCGAUUACAUUGCACCAUGCUCAGACACGCGGUCGAGCCCGUGCCGUGUUACACGCUCUAUCUGGAAUAUCUAGGCGGUCUCGUGCCACUCCUCAAAGGUAGACGGACCAGCAAGAUCCGGCCCGAGUUUGUGAUAUUUGAUCCCCAGAGCCAGGAGACUCUGCAAGUGUUCGACGACAUGUCACAGUGUCCAUCGUAUAGUGACGGGUCGGAUACCGAGAAGGACACCGCGGAUUUAUGCGGAUCGCCCCGAUACCGGAAGAAGAACAGAAAGAAAAGGGACGAGAGACCGAGCGAGGAAGCGACGGAACGAGAGGAGAAGUCGAACGAUCUCGCAUACGUGGAUACUUUGCCCGAGCACGCGAGGCUGGUCGAAGUGACGUCAAACAUUUGGGGCACGAAAUUCAAGUUUCACGGCUUGGCGGACUCGAUUCCCGCGAACCUAGGUCAAGUGACUUAUCGAACAUCGUUGCUGCACUUGCAGCCCAGACAGAUGACGCUCGUGAUGACGGAGCUUCGAGACGAUCUACCUGCAGGUCCGGAUCCGACGUUCAAUCCAAAUCUAUUCUCCGAGGACGAAGAGGAAUCGUAUCAGGAAUCGAGCUCGCGAGCGACCCCGGAAGCGCAACCGCCGCCGAUCGCGCCGAUGACACCUCGCAACGCCCGUCUGAAUCAUCCGAAUCGACCCAAGUCGCAGAUAUCGAAUCAGUUCCUGGCGACGGAGACGUUGCCGACGUCGCUGGGAAAAAUCGAGAGCUAUGAAAGCGAGUACGUGCCCUAUGUAGAUCUGCAGGACAUGGGAAAUCUGUACGAGAACAUAAGAAAUGCCCCCACCAACACGUAUCGUACGCCACCGAGGCACAAUCCGCCGCGAUGCUGCGACGUGCCGGCUCUACAGUCGCCGAAAAACGCAGUCGCGCCCACGCAGACGUUGAUAGCGACGUCGAACGCGGGCACCGAUUACGCCAACAGCAUUCAGAGGAUGAAGAACGUUCUCGCGGACGUUCAGCAGGCCGGCGUCGCGACCAAGAAGGAACUCGAGAACAACAAGCUCAAUCAGAUCGCAUCGGACGACAAGCCAUGUCCUUGUCCAGCGAACAUCAUUUCUAUGCAAAACGGCCAGGCCGCGGAAGCAUCGAGCAGUCGAUACUCGAUCUCGCAGAGCUCGGUUACAAACGGCCUCGAGAACGUCGAUUGCACCUCGGCCGUAUACCUGAACGGUCUAAAUAACAUGGCGUGCGCGAGCAACGUUCCGUCACACGCCGUCCAUCAAUCCGCGAUGUCGCAAAACGCUCACAAUUUUGUACAUAGUAAGAAUAAUCAAAAUACCGAGGCGAGUUUCAAUGCGACGUCGUCGAAUAACAACAGCUCUUCUCAGGUCGGACAAGCCGCUGGUCUACUUGUCAACAAAAACGGCGUACACGGGAUAGUAUCGCCCGCAUGUUCCUAUCAGUUCCCGGAGAACAUCGAACAGUGCUUCGGGUCAUCGUGCUCGCAGUGUUUCGCGAAGCAGAAGGAUCCCAAGUGUCACGUGUGUUAUGGUAAGACGAACGCCGGAACGCCGGGUAUCGUUAAACUCGACGACGAUCUGAUGCAAUUUAGCGACGACGAUAUUGGCGCCGAUAUGGGAAUAAUGCGGGGCGUUCACAGAACCUCGACGGUGAUCAGUAUCGGUCCGAUGUGUUCCAACGACUCGAUAGUCAGAAGUUGCAGCGUCGGUUAUCUGGACCUGGUGGAUGCUCAACUAGUGCCGUGCGACGUGGCAUUGCGAAUGCUGCGAAGAGACGCGCCGAACAAGAGAUUGGUAUUGGUGUCGCGAAAGACGAAACGGCGAAAAAGGAACAAGCCUCAGCCGCAACUCGACGCGAGUCAGCCGAGCUCGAAGCCACCUAGAUUACGCAAUUGCGGCAAGUCCAAGAGUCUGGAUUCCAGUGAUAUCUUUCCGAGCAACGAGCAAAUAGCCUCCCCGCCGCAAUUGCCGGAACAUGUGGAGGAGACGACAGGGGGAGUAAAUUCCGAGGUCGUCGAGGACAACGCGGUCAAAAGUGACGAGUCGGAACCGCCGAAGGAUGCGACGCGAGAGAUCGUCGACAAAUGCGAAGAGAGCAACGGACACGUUAUUCAAGAGACUCAGCUUGAAGAGAAACCGAGCCGACCGCAAACCGUCGCGUCACCUGUCAAGGAAUCGAGCGCGAGUGGAUCGUUCGUCUCGUCGCUCGACGGCCUCGCUGCGAGACUUCGAGAUUUCGACGACAGUCAUUCCUUACCACCUCCUUCCCCUCGGCCAUCCUCGAGAUUGCCAAGGAGUUCGCCAAGUAGCCCAGCACCGUCUAAGAAGGGUAAGAGACCAGCAUCGGCUUCCCCGAUCCGUAGAAGACUUUUGUCGAGUCCAUUGCUGAGCAGAAGGAUGCGAAAGAGUCGUGGGGAAAGCUCGGACGAAGAAGGUCUUCUCCAGGACGAUUCCUCGUCGACGACGAGUUAUCGAGAUUUAGAAACAUUCCAAAAAGCUCAGUUACGUCAAAAGGCGUUACAUCUACAGCUCAAGCAAAGGGGAGCGGGAAUCUCCAAGCCAGAAGCGAUAAGACGCGACGCACAAUUGGUGAUGCACAAUAAGGCGCCCAUGUGGAACGAAUCCAGUCAAGUGUAUCAGCUCGAUUUUGGUGGCAGAGUGACUCAAGAAAGCGCCAAGAACUUUCAGAUCGAGUUCAGAGGUAGACAGGUAAUGCAAUUCGGAAGAAUAGAUGGCAACGCAUACACGUUGGAUUUCCAGUAUCCGUUCAGCGCUUUGCAAGCAUUCGCGGUCGCUCUAGCGAACGUCACGCAACGACUUAAGUAACUAUCGCUCUACGACAUGUUUAAACUGUACGAAAAGGAUUGUGAAACAUGUGUUUGAGAGCGAGUUGGGGAGUCUGAGAAAGUUCGAUCUCUAAGAAUUAAUGAUCUCGCGCGAGGCCUUUAAAAUUGUCGAGAUCAUGGAGUUCAGUUCAUUAAACUGUCCCAGAUAAUGUAUCGAUCAAGCGAGUAAUUUCUGACAUCAUCGAUUCUACUGUGGUGAAGAGGAUCGCCAGGACGAGAAGAUCAUCAGCCGAGACGUAGGCGAAUCGCAUGUUUCGAGGACGCUGUAGUGAAGAAUAUACGCUAAUUUUCGCGAGUGCAGUUGCGAGCGAUUUGAAUUUGAGUGGAACACAAAGAUUUUGUGUCGGCAGCUAUGUUUUGUUAAAUGCUUCUUCGUCGUACCGUCCAAAAUAUUUCGUUUCUCCCAAUUUCGAGCGCUCAUUUUGUAUAGUUUAUGCGACACGUUGGAGUCUAGUGACGCUGUUGACGGUUUACCUCGUUCAUUUUUGCGGUUUCACCGAGUGUGUGUAUUCGAAUUUUAUAUACACAUAUAUAUAUAUACAUAUAAAUAUAUAUUAUAUAUUGACAGACUCGCACGGGCGAGUGUUUCAUGUUGUUCAAUUAAAUGUUUCUUAACGCGUAUGGUAAAAAUAACGAUAAUAAUAGUAAUGAUAAUGAUAUAACGCUAAUACUAUUAAUAGCAAUAAUAAGGGUAACGAUUGUAACGUAACGUUUGACGUCCGGCCUGUCUUCGCCACACACAUGAGAUAACGGGGCAGAUUAAUCCUAAGGAGAGAGCGAGAUAUCGAAAGAUUAGAGCAAAAGCAUGCAUACAUUAUCGCAAGUGUACAUACAUGCAUCGCGAGAUAAGUCGUGUCGUCUAUAACCAUGACUCAAAAAUCGCACGAUCACACCUGGUGCUCGCUUCGUCGAAAAGGACUACGCGAACGAGGCCUGCAGGCACAAAGUGUCGACGGCGAAAAAUUCGUGCAAAAAUUCCGACGACGUCAUAUGUAGAAGGAGUCAAGGUUCCCGCUCGCAUUCUGCCCGAUCCAGAAUUGUUUCUUCGACGCUCUGCGCCCGAAUCUUGAAUUACGUAACGUCUUGUAUUUUCUCACACCCGCAGCAUCGCGAGUUACGCCAAUUCGAAGCGCGCCGCUUCAAUCAACGGCGUUGAUCCGGAUUCAGAUGCCUUUUUUUACACCGCGAGUCGCACGUUUCGAGUCUACAUCCGCAUCCGUUCCAGGCGGAUCCAUCCAUUAGCGACAGCGCACAGUUUUAGAAACUCUCGCCGGACAUUCGGGCUGAUCAAAGUGCCGAAUGAUAGGCCGAUUGAUUGGUUCUCUCUAGUCGUCCCUACAUAUUACUCCACACUCUCGCAGCAAGUAAUCGUAACGUCAAGCGCUAUUUUAACGCAACGUCGCGACGAGAAUCGCGAACUCAUGUAGAACACGCGGAUGGAUUCGAAAAGUUUAAUCAACGCGAAAGUCCAUUCAACACGCUCGCAUGCAUUUAUUGGGAAAAAUGAAAGAAUUUUUUUUUUCCCGGACUCUCGUCCGAUAUUCAAAGUCGUACGUGAGUUCGCGAAUUUCUCGUAACGGUGGAGCGAAGGAUUUUAUAUUCCGAGUGCGGAUUUCUCUUUCAUUCGCGAGCGCACAUGUUUUGCAUUUAAUAGAAAGUUUCCCUUAAUACAAUUACAUACGGGGUGAUAUAAAGUUACUCGCGUCUAUGCACACCCCGCUAACUUUUGAAUACCAUUGAACAAGAGCUUGACAACAGGCACAUCGGGCGAUUUCUCGAAUAAAGAAGAAGGGAGGGAGGGGGAUGAAAGGAGAGACGGUUGUUUAAAUGAAAUCUCAGAAAUGUGUAUUCAGAAGUUGGAACGCGCGCGUGAUUGGAGGAUAAUUCUGUACCGUUCGUCGUGUCUCACCACAUCUCGCGUCAUCCGAUUCCGAUCGAACAUAUCUCAUUUGUUGUAAAAAUGUUGCAUCCUUCGGCUCAGCCGAGCAAAGCGGAUUUAAGUCACGCGGAGCAAAACAGACAUAAUGUUACAUCAUCGUGUGUUUUAAGGCCUCCCUAUGAACGGUGUGUCGAAUUUACGCGAGUUAGAAUAAAAGUGCGCGAAUAAAUAUACGCGCAUAUUUCCCGCGUACAAUAUCCGGAAAAGAUGUUAGAACAAAAACCGCGGAAAUUCGAGGAUCCUCGUAUAAGAUACUGUAUAACGCGAAGGCGAUUUUCUAGUCAAGUAAUCGAUGCUGUGAUUAUCCGUACACAUAAAGUAAAAUAAAAUACGCGUUAUACUUCUUUUUUGUAAUCUUUGACAACUUUGAGCGCAUUUCGUAGGAGAUCGCGUGACGCUUCAACGCCGGUAAAAAUAGAGUGCCUACAUUUGCAUUUGACCGAAACUGCCUAUUUAACAAACGAGAUUAAUACUCGACAUCAAGCUGACAAUGAGAUACACACGACGUAAUGCAUACCCAGUGAGAAAUGCGGAUGGAAAAAAUAGCUAUUAAACGUCGUUUAUGGACGUUUAAUAGCUGUCUUCCCGACUUGUCAUUUUUUACCGGGUAAUUCGAAAGCCCCCGCAUCUCGGAUAAAAAGCUUAUUAUAUUCUCACGCAUAUUUCACACGUAUAUUUGCACAUUUAGGCCAUAUGCAUUUUCCAAGAAUAUAAAAAAAAAGGUGCAACGAUCAGAAUUCACAUAACUGCGCAAAAUGGAUCUCUACUGCGAUUCCCGAUUUGUUUCACUCAUCAUCAAGCGCAUAUUUAACACGUGACUGAGCUCCAAAAUGUUCGGCCUAGCUCAAGUUAAUCCUUGAUAAGUUAAUCCUUAACCUUCUAUUCAUCUGUUUGAUGCUUCGUUUCUCUCCUUACCUCUUAAUGAUAGUGUUACAAAAAGAAUCGUGCUUAAGGGAAAAAAAAGAAACGCUAUAUGUAAAUUUUACGACUGAAUAUAUCAUAAGGAGAAAGACGACUUUACCCACUGUAUCCAUUGGAAAUACGAUUUUUCUCGUACGGAUGACGUAUAUUGUUAAUUCAGUUCUUGCCUUAGUGCUAUAAUGAUAAUUCUGUAUAUGUGCAAUGUAAUUUUGUUACUGGAUACAUUAUCGCGAGACUAUUUGUAAAUAAAAAAAGGAAAUACUACGCGUAAGAACGUAGUUAUACAUAUGACA